AUGGUGGGCUGGAGGGUGGCAGUUCUAUGUUUGUGGGUCUCCUGUGCCUCUGCUGCCGGACAGCUCGAAUACUCAGUGUGGGAGGAGACCGAGCGGGGCGUAGCCGUAGGCAAUGUUGCCGCGGACUUGAGACUGUCAGCAGCCGCUCUAUCCUUGCGGAACUUUCGCUUCCUUUCCAGCCACGGCGAGCCUUACUUCGGAGUGGAUCUGGCCAGCGGUAGCUUGGUGGUCCUAGAGCCAGUGGACCGCGAACGGCUAUGCGAAGCCAAAGCUGUCUGUGUCUUGACCUAUGAGCUGGUGCUCGAGGACCCGCUGGAGCUGCACAAGUUGCACGUUCACCUCCUGGACACCAACGACAACUCACCUCUCUUCCCUACGGGCGACGUGCAGCUGCACAUCCCCGAGUUCCUGAUGCCCGGAGCCCGCUUUACUCUCCCUAAUGCCCAAGAUGCCGACGAGGGAAGCAACGGGGUGCUAAGCUACAGCCUGAGCUCCAGCCCGCACUUUCGCCUGGACAUAGGGUCGCGGGUCGACGGCAGCAAAUACCCGGAGCUGGUAUUGGAGAAAGCGCUGGAUCGCGAGCAGCGCGCCACCCACCGACUUGUGCUCACCGCUCGGGACGGCGGGCAGCCCGCUCGCUCUGGAGACGCACAAGUCACCGUGAUCGUGGUGGACACAAACGACAAUGCGCCUGUAUUUGAGCGCACAGUAUACCGCACCAAGGUGCCAGAGACUGCACCCAACGGGACUGUGUUAUUCCGAGUUCAGGCCUCGGACCCGGAUGAAGGCUCCAAUGGGGAAAUCCGGUACUCCUUAAGCAACAGCACAAGAGCAAAGCUGCAACACCACUUUCACGUGCACCCCCGAAGUGGGGAGGUGCGGAUAGCUGCUUCACUAGGUCCACCUGAAACGGUGUUGGAGGCAUACAUCGAGGCGAGGGACGAAGGCGCCUUUGGUCUAGCUAGCCUCGCCAAGCUGCUGGUGGAAGUGACUGAUGUGAACGAUCAUGCCCCCGAGGUGAACCUCAUGACUCUCUCCAACCCAGUUUCCGAGGACACCGCUCCUGGCACAGUGAUUGCUCUCCUUAGUGUAAGGGAUGAAGACUUCGGUCCCAAUGGUAAGGUCAUUUGUAGCAUGUCCAGUGGAGGCCCUUUCAAGCUGAAGGCUUCCUUUGACAAUUACUACAGCUUGCUGACUGAUGGACCGCUGGACCGGGAGCAGGUCAGUGAAUACCAGGUCCUGAUCGCCGCCUCAGACGGUGGCUCACCCCAACUUAGUACCCGCAGGACGCUGACUAUAUCAGUAGGCGAUGUGAACGACAAUACACCAAGCUUUCCUCAACCACAACAGGAAUUUUUUGUGGCUGAAAAUAAUGGCCCCGGAGCCUCUCUAGGCCGUGUUUUUGCCCAGGACCCGGACCUGGGGAAGAAUGGCCUUGUCUUCUAUGAGCUGUUGGAUAUUAUCUCUGAAGAGCAGACAGCCGCUAGCUUGGUGGCAGUAGAAUCAUCCAGUGGGACUAUCACUGCCAAAACUUCCUUUGACUUUGAGCAGCUCAGGGGGUUUCGCUUCCAAGUGGAAGCCCGGGAUGGUGGCAUUCCUCCCAGAAGUGCAGCGGUGACCGUGAGCUUGUUUGUGAUAGAUAUGAAUGACAACACUCCAGUCAUCUUGUUUCCAUUGCCCAGAAAUGGCUCUGUCCCAGUGGAAAUUGUGUCCCGCUCUGCCAGAACUGGACAUUUGGUCACAAAAGUGAUAGCGGAGGAUGCAGACAGUGGCUCUAAUGCCUGGCUUUCCUACCACAUCUCUCAGGCUUCUGACUCUAGCCUUUUCAGAGUUUCAUCCAAUGUAGGAGAGCUGCGUACUGCUCGCUUAGUUCUUCCCACUGAUGCGGUUAAACAGAGGGUGGUGGUAGUGGUUCGGGACCAUGGAGAUCCAUCGCUUUCUUCCUCUGUCACACUGGGUGUGCUGUUGAGCAACUCUGUCCCUCAGGUCCUCCCAGACUUUGAAGAUGCCUGGGAAACAGGAGGGCACCUUUCCACCCAGAACUUAUAUUUAGUAAUUGCCCUGGCCUGUAUUUCCUUUUUAUUUCUGGGGUGCUUACUUUUCUUUGUGUUUAUCAAGUUUAGCCAGAGCCCAGGUUGUUGUUCUCAGAGCUGCUGUCGCUCUCCAGAGGAGCUGAGGUAUGGAAGGAAGAUGGCUUCAAAUCCUUGCGUGACAUCAGCCACAAUAGAUGUCACUACAGUCGAGAGGCUGUCUCAGACCUAUCUCUAUCGGGCCUCUCUGGGACUUGGUUCUGAUAAUAACAGUUUGCUGUUGCAUGGGGAAUACAGUGCUGCUGACCUGAGAAAUGUGGCCACUGGGGUAGGACUGAAUUUACCAAUAUCCUGUAUUCAGAUUCGAAACAGGAAAGGAGAUCACGCAAACGUCAAUGCCAUGGUAAGCAAAUUUUAUGGGAUUUGA